AAACCGCAUAUUUCUAAAUGUGAAGUGAAAAAAAUGUCCCAUUGUCUGUGCAUGGGUUUCUGUGGCUGAUGACAUCAAUUGAUCUCAUUGUUGCUGAGAGUUCUCCCUAAUAAGUCAUUAAAAGGUUAAAGAGGGCACAAAUUACAUUCCAUACAGGUGUGGUUGGAAAGACAAUAUAUUAUCUGGUCUCAGAUUGCGCUAAUCUCACAUUCCAUUGCAUUUAAACUCUUAGCCUGCACCAAGAGCCAUCUCUUCAUAAGCCAAACAUUGCUCUGGAACCACAAUAGAGUAUACUGGAAAUGAGUCUGGAGUUCUAAAUUGCAAAAGCAGUUUCAUUAUUCCAAAGCACGUGCCUGUCCAAGUAAUAAACUCUUGAGCACGAGGCGCGAGCGACGAACCAAGACAUGGACAAAAGCGAAUGGUGGCAAGGAGAGUUGGCAGAUGACAUCUACCGUGUUCUUCGAGAGAAGGAGCUGUCACUGCCUCGGUUUUGCGCACGCUCGCCCCAGCUGCACCUGCGUCGCUACUUCGUUGACCUCCUGGCAACACUGAGCGAGCACCUGCAGCUGAGUGUGGCCACGCACCACCUGGCCAUCUCAAUGUUAGACAUGUUCAUGGACCGGCACAACAUCACCGUCCGCUGCCUCUAUACCUGCUCAAUCUGCUGCUUAAUUAUAGCAGCCAAGUUUGAGGAGAAGAUUGAGCAGGUGCCACGACUGGACUGGGUGAACCGCCUGGAGGUGAUGACCAAGCGAGGACUGAGUCUGUCCAAGAAGGAAUUGCAACAGACGGAGUUCAUGCUGCUGCGUACAUUCAACUGGAACCUGUGCAUGCCGACAGCGGCGCACUACGUGGACUACUUCCUGUGGCUGACGCAGCGUGAGGACACCUCGGCUGGAGGCUCAAACGGCCACCAACAGUCGUCCUUGUCCUACCAGCACGCGUACAUGAUCAAGUACAUGGCCCACUUCCUUCAGCUCUCCCUGCAAGACCACGUAUUCCUGAGUUUCCGUCCAUCCGUGGUGGCGGCUGCAAGCAUAGCAUUGGCCCGUAUGGGGGUGAAGCUGGCCUCUGCGUGGACUCUGCACAUGCAGCACUGCACCGGCCUUGCCUGGGAGAUGCUCCUGCCAUGCGUGUCGCAGCUGAUUUGUAAAUACAACUUCAACUCGAAGCAGGUUAUGGAGUUUAAGGAAAAGCCUGCUGUCCACUCUGAGCGGCCCUCCCACUCAGCCUCAGCCUCAGCCGUACCACAUGUGCCUCUUCACCAGUCAACUAAACAGCAGCAGCCGCCACAGCAGCAGCGCUGGGUACUCAAGCUGUGCCCACGCAGCAUCGUGCCAGCCAAGCAUCCGGUGCCAAAGCCGGUGCAGAUGCUACGGCCACCUGUGGAGGUGGGUCAGGAGAUGGAGCCGCUGCUGUUCUGCAAAGAGACCCUUGGCAACACUUCGGAUAACCACGAUAUGGCCGCACAAGCCGUGUGUCAGCAGGAAUCUGGCCAUAAAGCCACACAACAGAUAGAUCAGCAGGCUAUACAGUGCUUGAUAUUGCGUUCUCGGCAGGGCACCGAUUUGAGGAAUGCAGAACACAGAGCAGGUGUUGGUCAAAGCUCAGCUCGUCGGAGCUUUGGUCAGCAAGCUGGGGUGUCCAGCGAGCCUGUAGAUUACCAGCAAUCAAAGCGUCGCAAAAUCUCCGCGACGGUUGCAAACUUAAAGUAACGAGGCGUCAUGCCGCAUGCCUCCAUGAUAUCGCAAACCGACUUCCACUGGUCAAGAGGCCAGCCAAACGCCAACAAAUAGGGGGUUGGCCUUCAGUUAAAAGCCAUGCUGUUCGACCCAGCUCCGCUCUGGCCAUUUAUAUUUGGCCAUAAAAUAAAAUGGACAAAUAGACAAGUCAAAAAUGUCUUCAAGCUUAAGUGAGCAUUGAUUGAGGCUUAUUUUCAUGGGAGUUUCUUAGCCAAUUAAGAUAUUUUCAGGACAUGUCUAUGAAGCUAUCGUUGCCUUUCCACAAAGCGGUACUUAUUGCAUCAAUCCCGGAGGAAUAAUUGUAGAAUCUACCUCUGUGUGGGAAUUGAACUGGAAGCCUUCUAGUUAUAGGUUGGACACUUUAUCAUUGCGCUACACUGAACAACAUUACCAAAUACACUGAACAUAAUGUGCCAUCUGUUUAGCCAUAACAAUAAUUGAGAAAAAAUAACCAUGCAUGGAAUUUGUACCAAUCUCAUGUCUCUGUUUCGGGGCAUAGCGUUAGCACAAAGCCACCCAGACACUUCCAUUAAACAGUGCGAACUAUGUUUCUACUUGUUUUUUUUAUAUAUAUUACGUCCUUAUCACUUACGCACCUCUCAGAAAGAAUGUGUAUUAAGAAAAUGACGUGUAAUUAUAGGGAUGACAAAGUCCGGUUCGCAGUUUUCUGCAUCGACAUGUAAACAUACUGCUACAGAUAGGUGUAAUGCUGUAAUUUCAUUGUGGGGAAUUAUUUACACUUUAAAUGGCACAUUUAAUCCUGUGUGUGACUGGGUGACAGCAUUUAGAUUCAGAAUCUCUUUUGCAUAUGAGGCAAGGGUAUAAUUAAUUGUUUUAUACUAUUAUUAAUUUAUAAUUAUUUUUGUCACUGAUAAAACGGUCUUCCUGCUCAAACGAUCAUGGCAUGAUAUUCGUAUUUGUGGUCCUGAUCCAGUGUUGGUAAUUCCUUUAAUAUCACCAACACAAAGUUUUAAAAUCUGUAAUUGAUAAGAAAACUCUAGCAUAACAAUGCAUGUUGGAAAAUCAUGUUUGACUUGCAAAUAAACAUCAGCGGUUCCUUAAGGAGUGCAUUGUGGUUAUCUUAC